UUCUGUCUAGUUUUGUCGCUCAGGGAGAGAUUCGCAAGGAUCUCAUACAUGAAUGACUAAGCCAAAGCGGUAAGAUCUGCCCAAAUUAUUCCUUCCCAGGAUUAUAUUAUUUCGAACCUCAAAACACAUUGAACUCCCACUGCGCCAAACGCAAUCGAAGUCAUAAAUCAAUCACCAUGGAUUCCUCAUUCAUAGUAAAGCCUCGUCCGAAAAGAUCAGUGUUACCACCCCAGAAAAAGAAGAGAAAGUUCGACCAUAAGAUUGAAGAAAUCAAUUUCGAUUUAAGUGCUCGCGAGGAUUAUUUGACUGGUUUUCACAAGCGGAAAGUCCAGAGGGUGAAGAGGGCACAGGAGGAAGCCGAGAAGAAGGCUAAGGAGGAGAGAAUUGUUAUGAGGAAACAGGUUUGUGAUUCGUUGCUUUGACAGCUGUCGUUGGUUAAUCUGUUGAUCUUUAGUUGCGAGAAGAGAGGAGAGCCGAGUUGAAUGAGCAUGUUAAGGCUGUAAAUGCGCUAUUACAGGAUGUGGAUGAGAAGUUCGAUGGCGGAGAUGGAGAUGAGUGGGGAGGCAUAGACGAUGAAGACGAGGAGGAAGAGAAAGAUGUGCAAGAAGAAGUAGUGGAUCACGAAGAGGAAUAUAUCGAUGAGGAUAAAUACACCACUGUCACAGUUGAAGGGAUAGAAAUAUCGAAAGAGGGGAUAAAAAGGACUGCGGAAGAAGAUGAGACCGACGAUGGUAUAGAUGAGGCAAAGGGAAAGGUCACGAAACAGGAAGAGAAGGCCAAAAAAGUUUGGCCCAAGAAACCACGGAAGAAGAAGUUCACAUAUGAGACAAAGGCGGAAAGAAAGAUGACGAGACAAAAACAGAAGUCUGGGAGCAGAGCAGCAGCAGAUGCGCGAAGAGGUAAUAAUUAAAGGGAAUCUAUAAACAAAUUCACAAUCAGAACUCGC